UUCAAGCAUUAGAAGAGUGUUAGAAAUUCUCAUGAUUUGUCAGUUUUUCAGUAAAAGGCGAAAUUUCGUUAGAGAAAUGUCGAAAAAAGCUAAAAGUAAAAGUACUCAGAAGGAAAAAGAAGUAGUAACAAAAGAGGAAGAAGGCCCCAUCACUUUAAAUAAGUCAAAAAAUAUAAUUAUUUCAGUACUAGCCAAACCAGGGGCAAAACAAAACGCUAUAACCGGCAUUAACUCAGACGGAGUUGGAGUCCAAAUUAAUGCACCCCCAAGUGAGGGCGAGGCAAAUACCGAAUUAGUAAAGUACAUGGCGUCUGUAUUAGGGCUCAGAAAAAGUGAUGUUACGUUAGAUAGGGGUUUCAAAUCAAGAAAUAAAGUCUUAAAAAUACAAGGUAGCAUCACGUUAGAAGAAGUGAGACGCAAAUUGUUGAAUGAAAUUCAAAACACUUAGCGAUAACUACAAUAUCAAAUUUCUUUCGUGUAACUUUGUUAUCGCGACAGUUUUUUCGAUAUUUAUUAUUUUAAACAACAAUUGUUCUAUUUUUUUGUGACUUGCAUUCAAAAAAACUAAACAAAGCGUCUCAAUAGUUGUCUAAAACACGGUUGAGUUUUGAAAGAAGAACGCAUUUGUUUUCGUAAAUUAUUUAUUGUUUUAUCAUUUGUACAACGGUGGAGUCGUCUAUCCUUGGGCAAAUGGCUCUGCUUUGUUGGUGUCCAAGAAAUAAUCUCCGAAAACGCUACAACAAAACAUUGUUUUCGGUCAAAAUUUUCGAUAGUUACCUUUGGUCGGCGACCAGAGAGCCCAUAAGUGCCUUUUGGUUGUUUGCGCAUUUACCGUUUUGAUAGUCCGAAUAGUUAUCACAUUUCGUUGCUACAAAUUCUCCGCCAGUUAUCGCUUCGGCCAGAUAUUGGAAAGAUCUAGCGUGUGAACAAGCACCAGCAAGAUCGAGUCCGCACCCAGCUUGUACCUUUCCACCAUUGGGGAAAUAAUCAACAUGUCCAAUAGAAAAACUAAAACCCAGAAGACGCCCAUGCGUGUGAAUAACUUGCACGUAUUGCCCGUCACUUGGAUCAAGGCGAUCUCCCGUCUCUUCCAACGAAAAUCCAGGCCCUGCGGGGUCCAACCCGAUAAUGUGCCCCACUGGGGUUUUCACCCCGCUUCCAGCAUUUCCGGCAAUGUGGGCACCGAGACUGUGUCCAAUUAAAACAAUUUUGGAGCUACUAACACCAUAAGUUUCGAUCAGAUCGUUGACGAAAUCACCGACAAAUUGUCCGAUACUUGUGACAGAAUUGCGAGCUGUUGAGUAGAGAGUUUUGGCAAUGGGGCUCCAGUCCACGACAAAAAUGUUAACAUCGUGGAUUUGCAAAAGCGCAGAUUUGACGUAGUUGUUAACACUGGCAUUGUAGCCAUCCAUCCAGCCGUGGAUCAAAAUAUAAGUUUGUUUUUUCGCGUCGAAAUGAGGAAGACUCGAGCUAAGUCUUUGGAAACUGUGGCCUGCAUCUACAUUAUGUUUAGUGUAAAGGUAGUAAGUGACAUCGUCGGGUGUUGCGCGAAUUGCCACUUCAGGAUCCCCGAAGGUGCCGACAAACAGGGCGACAAGAAAACACAACACUCUCAUUGUAUUUUUUGUACUACAUUGUUUUAAAAUUGUUUCUUUUUAUAUCUCUCCGCCAAUCCGAUUUUCAAUGAUAAUAAAACUAUCAAGUUAAUAAUAAAUCAAACGUGAUAAAAACUAA